UUUUUUUUGUCGGCUUGUAAAGUGUAUCACUGCGUGUCGAGCUCACAUUAUCAUCAUCCGCAGUAUUAAAAACAGGACUGAUUAUUGUUGCUUACGCAGAAUUAAUGGCAAUAAAAUCUACUCCACUUUUUCUUCGAGCACUUACUGAAAUAUACGAGAGUUUGUCCUUCAGGAUUUUGCGAAAAACCUCCAUCAGACAUUUGAGCUCAUGUGGUGUGUUAGCGACACGAAAUAGCAGCUUGCAGUUUCCUGUGAUGUUACAACCCAUCCCCACUCGCAGGUUUAUUAACCUAGCUGCCCCCAUCAUAGCACGAAGGAUGGAGUACUCUGAGAAUAGGACUAUUGGGUACUCUGUGGAGCAGAUAUACAGCAUAGUAGCCAACGUGGACCAGUACCAUCAGUUUGUGCCUUGGUGCAAGAGGUCUAAGGUCAUAAAGCAGCACAAUGGGAAUGUACAGGCCCACCUGGAAAUUGGUUUCCCUCCUUUAAUUGAAUGUUAUGUGUCUGAAGUCACAGUCGUCCCUAACCAACAAGUUCGGGCCGUGUGUACAGACGGAACACUCUUUAGUCACCUUGAGACGGUGUGGUGGUUCACACCUGCUUCUGGAAACAGAGAAGAUUCCUGUAACGUGGAGUUCUAUGUAACAUUUGAGUUCAAGUCCCUGCUCCACUCUCAAUUAGCUACAUUGUUUUUUGACGAGGUGGUUAAACAGAUGGUGAACGCUUUUGAGAUCCGAGCAGCCAAGCUUUACGGCCGCCCUCAAGACACCAACAGGAUGAAAACCUCCUGAAACAAUUCUCAGGGAAAAAAGGACUUUAUGGAAGACGUAUGAAAAUCAAAAUAUAAGUUUUAACGCCAAAGAAAAGACAGGCAUUACGAUGGCUAUUUAUUGUAAUUAAAAUAUUUAAGUUAUUAAGUGUAAUAUUUUAUUCUAAAUGGUUUAUUUGUGGGUAUGAUUGAAAGGUGAGUUUGAAUGAAUAUUCAGUGUAAAUUAAAAAUUUCAUAAUUUAUAUUUUGAAUUUUUAUAUUCCUGAAAAGCUGCUUUGCAACCUUGUACAUUGUAUAAGAGCACAACAAAUAAAAUCGCAAGCCCUUUCAAGAAA